AUGAUCAAAAUCGUAUUGUUCUUGGCUACUGCUGCUGGCUUGAUUCACGCGCAAACGGUGCUCUACCAAUGCUCCAUCUGGGGUGAUCCUCAAUUGGUUCAAUUUCCGACGAAUAAUCUACAGAGUGCACAGCACAGUUUUUGUUCAUUCGAUGGUCACGCAAUGUUGUAUCAGUCAAAAUAUGUGCUUGUUUCUGUUCGCAGUGCUCGGCAAGGCGAUUUGGUCCUCGACUUCAAUAUUGUUUUCUUCAAUAAUGCUUCUGUUCCGAUCUGCACGGUGAAUGUAUUGGAUUUCAUUACAGGAGAACGAAUAUGCGACACAGAGAUCGUUAUUAAGAAGACAGGUUCAACAGACAUCAAUGUUCAAUACAAGCAAGCUCAGUUUUCAGUUUGGAUUCAACGGAGACCUGGCAAUCAUUAUAAGAUCACAUUAUUUACGGCACCAGCCCAUAUCAAUGACGGGCUCACUAGUGGAAUGUGUGUUCAGGGAUGUCGUUCAAGAAGUAUUCAAUCAUUGGCAAUGGAACGCACAGCCAACAUGACCGAUACACAAAUUGUCACUAGUGCAUUAGCAACGAAAGUGUGCGAUUUAUUCAUCUCUCAAUCAGUGAAUAACUUUCUGCGAACAACUCGUUCAUCGCCUGGUUUUGUGGAAGCUGUACGACAAGGAUGUAUCAGUGAUGUUACUCUUACUGGCGAUUCACGAUUGGCAGGCGAAGGAAUCGAGAAUAUCUUUGCUGAUGCCAUCAUACAACAAGGAACUGUUUCUAUUGAAAACAUCAGUCAAUUGACAACGAAUAUUUCAAGUGUUGCCACACAAGUAGUUCAACAAGCUGAAGUUGAAACUGAAAAACUCGUCACUUCUGCGACAUGGCCUUGCCAACCCGAUGUACCAGUUUGCAUUAUGCCAUCGCUCAUUCGACGACGAUUGAUUUCAGUGUUUGGCUGA